AAUCCUUAACCGCGAGGAUUAUUUAUUUAGUUUUAAGUCAUGCUAUAAAUUUUUUUUUUCUUUUUAAAUUUUUUAUAAAAAAGCAUGUAUACAAUCGGCAUAGCAGUAUUAAUUUUUUUGUGUUUUUCACUGUUUUUUGCUAAUAUUUUAAAACGUUUUUAUCAUCCGCUUCGUAAGUUGCCAUCACCUAAAGAAAAUUUCUUUACUGCUCAUUAUGGCUACUUUAAUGGCUAUGAUCAAAUAAAUGCUGUAAUAAAUUUUGGAAAACAGUUUAAAGAGCGUGGCUUGUAUACAUUAGAUACAUUAAAUGGAUUUAGAUUUGUUAAUCUUUUAAUGCCAGAAUUUAUUAAAACAGUGUUUUCUGAUGGAAAAUCAUUCCAAAGAUCGACCGCUACAAAAGUUAUAUUUCCUCUAGUUGGAAAUGGUAUUUUUGUGUCAAAUUAUGAAGAUCAUCAUUGGCAAAGAAAAGUGUUAAAUGAAGCUUUUACUUUACAACAGCUAAAAAAUUAUUUUCCAGCUUUUACAGUGCACAUUGAUUUGCUAAUGAAACUUUGGUCAUAUUCAUGUGACAAGGAUAAUGGUACUAACAUAAUUGUUUUGGAUGACUUAUCUAAUUUAUCAUUUGAUAUAAUUGGGGAUGUUGGUUUUGGCUAUCAAUUUAACACAAUUACUUCUCAUUCUGGUAAUGAGUUUACAAAAGCGCUUCAGAGUUAUUGUCAACUACGAUUUCAAUUGAAUGCCGUCCAUAAAGCUCUACUAGCUUUCUUUCCAUUUUUAAUGCAUCUGUCAUUUAUGUAUGGAAAACGUAAACGAGCUGAGCAAGUCAUCUGUAAUACUUUAAACAUGCUUAUUAAUAAACGCAAAAAAGAAAUAGAAGAUGGAAUAGCAGCUGAUCAAAAAGAUUUUUUAACAGUUGUUUUAAAAGAUCAACAAAAAGAAGGCAGCAAGAUGACAAAUGACUUGAUUAAAGAUAAUCUGAUGACGCUUUUAAUUGCUGGUCACGAAACAACUUCUACUGCAAUGCAAUGGUGUUUAUACAUGCUUGGCACAAACUUAGGUGUUCAAAACAAAUUGAGAGAAGAGAUAAAAAAGAAUGUAUUUGAUAUAAAAAGUGUUUCAUAUGAAGAAGUUUUGAGUAUCAAGUACUUAGAUUGUGUUGUUAAAGAAACAUUGCGCAUGCAUACACCUGUAGCAUUUAUUGGUAGAAUAAAUAAGAAUCAAACAAAGUUUGGUGACUUUGAUGUACCUGCUGGCUCUUUUUUACGAAUUCCUAUUGACAGUGCACAUAUGAACGAGUCUGUUUAUCAUGAUCCUUAUUCAUUUAGACCAGAACGAUUCUUGACAGGUGAAAUACCACCAUUAUCCUUCCUUACAUUUGGGCAAGGUAUAUAUAAUUGUAUCGGAAAGAAUUUUGCUUUGCUUGAAAUCAAAACAUUCUUGGUCAAAGCGUUGCUGCAAUUCGAAUUUUCAGUAGACCUUAAGCAUUUGAAUUAUAAGAAGCUGAUUUCGAUUACUAAUAAAACCGUUGAACCGUUAUGGAUAAGAGUGAAGCCUAUAUAAAUGUAAUAAAUGAUUUAAUAGUUUAUUCAUCUAAUAAAGAAUAAUACUGUUAUGACCGGUAUUAAAAAUAUAAUAAUAAUAAUAAUGUAAUAAAAUUACCGGUAAUAUUAUCAAAAUGUUAAACUUUAA